CAGGAAAGAACGGCAGGCUCGCACAAAGCAGAGAACACUAUUACCACCAAGCUAAUAGGGUCAAAUAGUUUGUUUUUCCCAACGCAGGAGCAAGCAACAAUAGAGUCACAUCUGUUGGGUAGCAGUGCUUUUGCUCUAUCGUCAUUUGAGCACAUCGGUUGAUGAAAAUUCGAAGAACUGGGUUUAGGUUGUGUUACAUGGCGACCCGCGAACUGAUUUGCUUCGGCCCAGUAUAGACAGUUGUGACUGAGGACGAACAACCCGGGGUCAUAGACUGUAGUUUGGGGCAGAGAGCAGGAACAGUGUAGCCAGGAUUAUAAUGAAAGCCACUCCUUUCUGAACGUGCCAACCUCUGCCCGCCAUGUUGUACCGCCACAAGGACACUUGAAGGACACGCAGGGAUUGGCGGGAGUGCGGGGAUGGCCGUACGAGGGAGACGACACACUAACAGAUGAAAACUAUGGGUACGUCGGAAAUUUACGUCAUCACCUGCAUGGUGAUGACGUUGCUACUUCACGAGGCGCAUGCGCAGCAGGAAAACCUCAGCUCAGCGGUGACCAGACUAGAUGCACAGUUUAGAUCCAUGGAGCGCCGCCUAAGGACGCAGAAUGUCGUGCGGGACAACCAGAACAAGAAGCUACUGGAACAGAACAGGCGUCAGACUGAAAAAUUGCGCCUUCUGACGGGACAACUGGACAAGGUCCAGGCUAAGGUUGUCGACGUCACUUCCGCUCUGGAAACGAGCAAAUUGGACGCUUCGGACGCGCGCCAGAAAGCUGUAGAAAUGCAGACUAUCGUAGGGAGACAAGAAGCUACAAUCAUGGACCUGAACAUGAGAGUACAGGCGCUAGAGGGCGCUAAGAUCGCCUAUGAGAGCACGUUGUCGAGCCUGCAACGCAAGUUGGACUCUGUCGAGGCCGUGGCUGUAAACAGGCCAACAUCUGGGAUAGACCUCGGUAGUGACAGUGACGAGGAUUCUCUCUUCGACUAUGAUUCCAUUUUUGUCGCCCAGGAGCCAGACUCUAAGAAGAAAAAACUAGGAAACAAGGCAAUACAAAAGUUGCUGCGCAACCAUACGAUAGAAAUAUCGAGGUUGAUGCGACGACAGUCUUCUGCCUCCAAGAGUCUCGGGGGUCUUGAAAAUGAUGUAAAGAAGAACGUCUUGGCCAUAUCAGACCUGAAGCUCAAGGAUAAGGCGCUAGAGGGCACGCUUUCGCGGACGACUUCUCAGAUCCUGGAGUUCUCUUCACAAAGGACCGUUUUUGGGGCGACUGUGUCUUCUAUUAGGAGUGAGGUAUCAAGUGUCAGGAGGAGGAUGGACGAGACAGCGAACAAAGUGUCUAACGCCACGGCCUGGAUCGCCACCAUGGAUACCAAGACCAAACGCCUAGGCAACAGUUUAUCAAACCUGAUGAGCGACUACAGGAGGUACUUUGGAUCCCAGAGCUCUGGAGAGAAGACAAUAGGAGAGAUCGUCAAGGACUUGAAGGAGGAGGAUGGGAAACUGAUGGAAGGUAUCAAGGCAAACGACGUUGGACUCUUGGAUCUGGAGAACAGAAUGGAGAACAUGGAGUCACGUGUUGGCAGAAAUCCCUGGCCCAUAGAUACGCCCAACCAAAACGCAGCAUCGUCGGAAAAGAUAACAGAGAUGCGGCGAGAUCUGACGAGACUUGAGGCAGAUCUACAGAGGGCACAGGGUGAGGUGCGUGGGGCAAUGACCAUGCUCACUGCGCAUGUGCAGGAAACAUCGUACCUCCCACGCAAGAUUUCCAACCUGGAUCGACUGCUGCAAGGAUACGGCAUCUUCAUAAACUCUUUCCAGGAUCAGACGGACGAAAUAAAAUACACCAUCAAGGAACAGAAUCAGACGAUAUUUGAGAUGCAACUUGCAGUCAACGGACUACAGGAUACCUUCGUGAGCUUGUUCCCAGAGUCUUCCGGUAAGAGUUCGCGCCAGCAGAAACAGAUGGACAGGAUGGGAGACAAGCUGAAGGAGAUGGGCGUGAAUAUAGAACGGCUGACGGGCCGGGUGUCCGCCGUGCAGCAGAUAGCUGCCAGUGUGGAGCCCAUGAAGAACCAGAUUCAAAACAUCUCGACCUUCAUGACGAACUUGAAUGGAACAGCUCAGAAGUUGGAACUGGUCACUGGCAGGGUGACCACGUUGGAAGAUCAAGGCCCGGAGUUCCAAGCAUUGAAAGAUAAAGUCUUUGUAAUAGAUAAGAUAGCUGGCUCCAUACCUUUGGUUCAGAGAAAUGUCACUACCCUCCAAGAAGAAGUCGCCCAGGUUGACACCUUCGCCCAGAAGAUGAGAAAUCUUGAGAGAUCCAUGGCAGUUGUUGGGGGUAAGGUUGCGGAACUCAACAACGUUAAGAAGGCGACAAAUAUGCUAGAAGAAAGAGCAGACAACUUUGACCUUGGUCUCCAAGAAAUAUCCAAGGUCACGAAAGACAUGGAAGCUUUACAGGAGAGGAUGUUCAGGGUCAAGAGCAAGGUGUCAGAAAUUGACUCACUCAUGACCAUGGUUCUCAUAGGAGCAAAUACAACAUCGAACACUAUACCAGGGCCGGACGAAAGCACCGACGAGAAAGAUGCCGCCAUUUUGGAGCUUGAAGGUCAAAUUGACGUUCUUCGAUCCGCCCUACAAAAACUAACGUCCCAGCUGGAGAACUAUACAACGGAAAGCAACCAGAAGAUGAGCGAGAUAGAAAGGUCGAUCAUAUUUGGAGUUGGAGGCAGCAGUCCCAUUAAUGUUGGGGAGGGUGAAUCCACUGCUUCACCGGGCGCCAUUAUGGCAUUCAGUGGCCAGCUACGCGAGGCUAUGGAGAAGGUUGAAAUGAUGGUCAAUGCCAUGCAGAACCAGGCUACAUCCAUCUCGGACAACACCCUAAAGAUCCGCGAGCUGGGAGACCUUGUCCAGCAGUUCGGUACAGUUUCGCCGGGCGGCAAUGUCAUCGCGGAGCUGCAAACCAAACUGAGCAUCUUAGAACAGAUGCUCCAACCAGGGAACAUCCCCACGCUGGAUUCAGCUGGUAGAAGCUUCGACUUUGCAGAGCUAGAAGGGAUGAGGCAACAGCUUACGGGAGCUCUGGCGACUUCAAGCGAGCUAACCAACAGGAUACAGCAACUAGAGUCUCUCUACCAGACAUCCAUAGCAUCAAAACCGACGGAAUCCGGGGGGCUUUCAGUGGAUGUCGAAGAAAGGUUUGCCAAAGUUGAGAACGACAGCAUUGCUGCUCGGAAACUCAUUCAGACGAUCAGGGACUCUGUGGAAGCCUCUGUGUUGGAAAUGCAGGGACAAGUCGCAAAACUGGAAGCGUUUUCGGAUACCUACAGCUCCCUCGCCAACUCUCUUCAAACAGUUAACGAGGGUGAGACGCAGGCUGACUCUCAGACCUUCAAGGUCAUCGCAACUGACCUUGCCGGGCUGAAGUCCAACGUGGCGAUCCUCCAGAACACCAUCCGUGCGUACGACCCGCGUAUCCUUGUUGUGGGGCAGCUGGAGAUGGCCGUGGCGGAGAUAGACGAUCGCCUGAAGCAGUACAUCUCCAGGCAACAAAGCACGUCAUCAACCAACCUACAGGAACUUGCUCAGGUACAAGUGCGUUCUGAAGAACUGCAGAAGACAGUGGACGGCCUCCGAGCUGCAGUGGCCAGUUUUGAAAGCAGACUACAAGACGUGUCAUCCCGGCCAGCGGCUGGUGUCAGCCAGCCAGUCGAUGCAUUCGUGGAAUACCACAAUGAGAUAUCAGAGUUAAUAAAUAAUGCAAACCAGGUUAACCUGACGUUAUCUCGGCAUCAGGCGAUCUUAAAGACGUUACAGACUCAGUACGCCGCUAACAAGGUGAUGAUUAACAACGUGAUGGGGAGUAUCCAACAGCAGCCCAGUCAGCCCAUCCAACCACCACAGCCAGCCGUGGAGCUGGAGUCCAUCGCUAGGUUGGAGACUGCACUAACCAAUCACGACGCAGCGUUGAGUGACGUCAGGGCGGAAAUAGCCAAUCACGACUCGCAGAUGAUCCAAUUAAAGUCGAUGUUCGCGCAGUCUCAUGCGAGUGUGGCUCAGUUCGAGUCCAAGACCACCGAGCUCGGCAACAUGAUCUCUGUCAACAGACAUGUGCAGAGUGGUGCCAUUCAGAGAUUGGAAAGACGAACGGGUCGCCUGGAGGGGAGAGUUAACAGCUUUAGCGUGGACGUUGCCAAAGUCAGGAAUACUAUCGAGUUGGUGAAUUUGACGGUAUCCAAAAUGGAGAAUCAAGUCCGUGUCUUCUCACUCAUGAAUCAGUCACGUGACUACGAUACCACGGAGCUCAUGAACAUAACAUUGGAUAGCGUGGACGAGAACAAUGGCACCAUAUUACCCACAAUACAGAAAAUCAACAAGAUCGGAGACCAGACCAGACAGCUGGCACAGCUGAGAAGUGACGUCACGGUUUUGAACAACGGCCUGGUCCGUCUGAACCGUGACCUGGUGAUGAUGCGCAGUGACAUGGCCAACAAGUCCGGUGUGGUGGACCAGCUCACGAGACUGAACAUCACCGGGGCCAUGCAGCAGAUCGGAACGAAGAUACUGAGUCUUGAGGCCACGGUUAAUGGCCAUUCAGCAGCGCAAAGGCAACGUCCAAAAGGCCAAGCAUCUGGAUGGCGAGCUCAGGCACUGGCGUUUAACGGGCCAGGGUCCUACAUCGAUCACGUACAGCUCAACAGGAGGAUACGUGUGCUGGAAGCGUUGAUUGACGAAGCUAAAUCCAAAUUUGAGGAACAGGGCGGAGACAUUGACAAGCUGAAGACUAUGGACACAAACUUCGACUACAGGCUUAAUAUACAGGUACAAAAGAUCAUGUCCUUGGAGAAUGAUCGUGGUGCCAUAGAAAACGCACUUAAGAAACACCAGGAGAUCAUUCAGCGAUUGGAUGCCGCUUCGACCAAUCAGAACACCGUUCUCUCCAGCCUAGAAGAGAAGAUGUCGUCAUCGGGAGAGACGGGCAAGCUGACCGAAAACUCUAUCGAGAACGAGUUGGGAGGGAUCAGCUCAACUCUCAUUGGUCGACUGGAGAAGGUAGUGACCAAUAACAGCCUGGUGAUCGUGGACAUUCAGAAAAGUCUCUCGCUCCAUGACCAGAGCAUGGUUCGACUCGAUACAAUGGUAAGUGUGCACCAUGACAUACUAUCCCGGAUGUCAACGACGACCAGCGAAUUUAGAACGGAAAUUGACGCAUUACAGACUGCCGUAAAAGACUUAGAAUGGCUAGUAGAAGAGGGAGGCGCGACUAUCUUACCAACAGGGGACCUCGAGGUCGACGCAGUAACUGAAUCAGUUAAUAACAAUACCCGCUCCCUCGUCCAGGUUCGCCAGUCAAUCUCUGGUAUAAUCGAGAAUUUGGGCAAAAUGGAGGCCGUUGUAGAAGACCUGAGGCAAACAACCUCGAGUGUUGAUCCCUCUGGUAGCGCUUCACCCAAUCAGGGCGAUGCGGAGGACACCCUUACUCCUGAGCGAGCCAAUGAGCUCAUCGCAAACAACCCGUUUGUCACGCAACUUGCGAAUCGUCUGGCCAAUCAGAGUCUGGUCAUAGAUGAUUUACAAGAUAUCACGCAGGCGCAAUACAAGCAGAUUGGAGAGCUUGAAUCUGAGGUGGGCGACAGGUUCGCCGAAAUGUCGUCACGUGUCGAUGCGGUGUCCACAGACAUGGAUGCGCGUAUCGCUGCGGUGGCGACCAACCUGGGCGGGGAGAGUGAAAAUGGCGGCAGCUUCCUACAGAAGCCAGACGAGGAACUGGCUGAUGUGAAGGACGCUAUCGACAAGCUGGACGGGAGAACGUUUGCUCUUGAGCUCACCAUGAGAAACCACAGCGGGGCUAUCAGUUUCCUCCGUGAGGACGUUGACCUCCUGGCGUACGGCAGCAGUGGAGAUGGCGCUUCUCCUGUCACAGGCGUUGAUGCUCAGCUUGUCCAGCGACUACAGGAGACCACGAGAAGACAGUCUGCGAUGCUGGAAGGCCAUUCCGCCGCCAUCUCGGAGAUCUCUGUGAAGAUGGACGACAUCGCGAGACUUCAGCAGCACGCCUUGCACCCGGAUACUGCCACGAGUUCACAGGGCUCCGGUUCUCCGGACACCGCUAACCUUUUGGCGGUCCUACUUAAACAUAACAACACCCUGGCGAGGAUGGAGGUAGAGAUGAAGGUACUGGCCGACUAUCUGGAAGGACAGAGCCGGGAGUCCCGUCCGUCUGUGUCCGGUUCGUCCGACCCGUCUGGCUUCACCAUGCUGUCCCGCUCGGUGGCGCAGGUAGAGCUGGACCUGCGGAGUCAGGAGGAGACCCUGCAGUACCUGGGGGCUGAUAUCACCCGGCUAAGGCUGGACCUGGAGAAGGUCAACACAACAGCUCGCAGCAGGAAGAUGCCCACAGGAAGUAACCAGGGUGUCACCGACAGUGAAGACAUCUGGGAGGCCCUCGCCGCCAUCGAGGACAAGAACGAGCAGCAGGAGGACAUCAUCCAGUCGCACACCUCCGACAUCUCCAGCCUGCUGGCCACAAGCAGGGACCUCAACAGCCGACUCAGCGGUCUGUCCUCUACUGGUGGGCCUGAGAGCGUGCCGGCUGGCGAUCUGGCAGAGAUUGUUGCUGAUCUCGACGACUUGAAGAGUAAGUACUCCAACAUGACGGCCACAGUCCGCUUCGUGCAGCAGCUGAGCAACAAGGCGGGGAUCGCGGCCACGGAGUGGAACAAAAAGCGGCAGUUCUUCGAGCGGCUGUUGGAUUCCCACACCAGCGCUAUACUCCAGCUAAUGGAUAAAACCAACGCCAUCGACGCUCAGAUGUCGCUCCACCUGUCCGAGACCAAGAUGCAGUCAUCAGCAGGCGGAAGGUCAUCCGGGGGCAGAUCGGGCGAGCGGCCAGGGGGGAGGUCAGGGGGGCGGAGAAGGAACCAAAAGAAGGAUCAGGACGGGGGGUGACCGCAAAAUCACCACGUAAUGGGAUAGUGGGAGCGUUAGUAUAGAAUUGCAGUGUGAAUUUUAGAUAAAAGGCUAUUUAGGUCGCCGUCACAUGGGUCGUGCGAUCGUCGUACGUUAGUGAUGCCAUAUAGGAUUUUCAAGCUGGCCGUGACAGAACCAACCACCGAUAUGGGUCCAAAAAAGCAUUUGGUGUACAGUUAAACUUUAUAGGAGACUUACAAUUUGCCCGAAAUUAACGAUCGUACGACGAUCGCACGACCUAAGUGAGUAAAGGUAACUGAUUUGUGUUCUCACAUGCGUAACAUUUACUACACUAACGGGGAUGGGUGAAUCAAGGUGGGGAAUUCAUUCUAAAAUGUAUAGGAAAAUCUCGCUGCCCGAUGAUCUUUCUAGUUACUUCUACAAAGGUAGAAUGACACUCGGAAGGAAACCUAGUGUGUAAGUUUUGUUUCGUAGGAUGAUAACAGCUUAAAAGGUUGCAUACUAGAGAAAUUAUUCUUAAUUUGCUUGUAUACGUUGCUGCAUAAUAAUAACGAAAGGUAUUCUUUAAAACGGUCAUAUUGUUGGUUGGUUGGUUGGAUAGUUGUUAUUACAACUUUGGCUUAAUGAGCUAGGAAUUUUAUUGAUUUUUAAGCUUAAUCUAUAAUUACGUUAACCUACAACAAAUGAAACUAAAUUCAUAUUUACUAUUAAUUUCUUAUUAAGGUAUGUUGAUGUUUUAUGUAAAGAAAUAAGAUUGUGAUUUGUCAAAUCUAAUGUGGAAUCGAUUACAGAAAAUUCUAUUGAUGUUGAAAUUUUCAAACCAAACAAGCAUCAGGUAAUCCUUAAUACAAAUGUCACUUAUUCAAUGAUAUUCGUUUUCCUUACAAAAUUACGACGUAGACGAUUAUGAUAUUAAGACAAGAACGGCCAUCUAACAUGAUGAAUAAGCUUAUAGUAAUGGUUCGUGUAUUAUCUAGAUCAAAUUAUAGACAUGUCCACAAUAUUGCUCUAUACAACUACCGCAUUUGCUAGAAUUAGUAUACGUACCAUGUUUUGCUUCAUAACUGUAACAUUUAGUAGGGUAUAAGUUUUGUUCGAUGCAUUGUUUCAUCGGAAGAUUUCGGAACCAUUAAGAAGGCGAGGGUACGACCCCGCUCCGUGGAACAGAGUUAUUCUAUUUUGUAUAUACGAAUACGAGAUUAAACAGGUACGUAAAUAAACUACCUCUUUUAAUACCAAA